AUGGUUGUUGGUGAUCAGUUCUUUGGGCCGGUGACUGUUAUGGAGUUUCACGUUAAGUGCUUGGUUGUGGGUGACAGGCAGUAUGGGCACAGGUUGCUCGACUAUGGUGCUAGUGGCAUUGGGGAACCGGGCUGCUCAGUUCUGGUGAAUGGAGUUGAGAUAUUGUAUAUUUCUCUCAUGUCAAUCCAGGAUUUGUUGGCUCAAACUAAAUACUUUAUCGAGGCGAUAGAAGAAUUUGGUGAUGGUUCUAGUGUUCUUCCAAAUACAGAAAGAAAGCUCAUUAAUGCUGUUAGGCGGAUGAAGGGAUUGCCUGUUGAAGAAAAAGUUUUUCAGCAUGCAACAAAGAAGAGGACGCUAGCUCCUAAAAUCCUGGUUGCUUCAUCGGUCAGCAUCAUCGUUGCAGCAGCGGUGCGGUAUCAUGUAAAGAAACGAAAGGAUCAAAAGCUCAUUCCGCACCUGAGAUCGAGAAAGACGAGCUGGGGUCGCCUCGAAAUGAUCGAAAGCUUCCCUCACUACGUAGCAAGACAGAUGGGAUUGAAAGAUAAAAGAAGUUGUCCAUUGCUCUGCAAGUUAGCAGUCGAAUACAUCAGGAAAUGCGAAAGCUGCGAAGACGAUAUAUAUUCGUAUUUUGCUAAUGAGCCUGAUGUGGAUUCGCAGUAUGUUAAGCUUGUGGAAGAAUUUGAGAGAUUCAUACUAAGUUAUUUUGCAUUUCAUUGGAGCCAUGCAGAUAUCAUGAUCACUCAGGUAUUAAGUGCUGAUGCUGCACCCAAGAAAAAGCUCAAGCAGAUUUUCAUGGCAGCAACUAGGGAACAGAGAUUCGAGAGGGUGACGAAAAACCUGAAGGUGGCUAGAGUUUUCAAUACAUUGGUUGAAGAAAUGAAAGCAAUGGGGCAUACCUCAUCCGAUGAUUCUCAAUGUACGGAGGUGAUGGCUCCGGUGGCUCACAGUGAUAGAAGUCCAGUGCUGCUAUUCAUGGGAGGCGGGAUGGGAGCCGGAAAGAGUACGGUCCUUAAGGACAUUCUCAAAGAACCAUUCUGGGCAGGCGCAGCAGCAAAUGCAGUUGUGAUCGAGGCAGAUGCAUUCAAAGAAUCAGAUGUCAUAUACAGAGCCCUCAGCUCCAAAGGCCAUGCAGACAUGGUUCGUACAGCCGAACUGGUGCACCAAUCAUCCACAGAUGCAGCAUCAUCCCUACUCGUGACAGCACUCAACGAAGGGCGGGAUGUGAUCAUGGAUGGAACACUCUCCUGGAUACCAUUUGUACUGCAAACAAUAACUAUGGCCAGAUGUGUCCACCGCCGGCGAUAUCGUAUGGGGGUUGGUUACAGGCAAGGAUCUGAUGGGACUGUAAUUGAAAAUUACUGGGAACAAAUUGAAGGAGGAGAUCAAUCUCCAAAAGGUGGUAAAAAGAGGAAGCCAUACAGAAUAGAGCUGGUCGGGGUUGUUUGCGAUGCCUAUUUAGCGGUUGUUAGAGGCAUAAGGAGAGCUAUAAUGUGUAGACGAGCUGUAAGGGUGAAAUCACAGUUGAAAUCCCACAAGAGAUUUGCAAAUGCAUUUCCAACAUACUGCCAACUGGUUGACAAUGCUAGGCUAUAUUCCACCAAUGUUCUUGAAGGUCCACCUAAGUUGAUAGGAUGGAAAGACAGAGAAAGAACCUUGCUAGUUGAUCCAGAUGAGAUCGACUGUUUGAAGCAGGUGGCGAGGCUGAACGAAGACGCCGAGUCCAUAUACGAACUCUACAAGCAUCCUAACCCGUCUUGUGAAGCUGGUUCAAUUUGGAAAGACAUUGUACUAUCACCUUCUAGAUUAGACAUUCAGAAGGAGCUGAAGUUUACCAUCCAGAAAGUGGAAACAAUGGCACAGCUCUAAUAUGAGUUUCAAGCUUACGAAUAUUCACCAACAAAAAUUGUAAGCUGAAGAAGGUGUCUCAAACAUUUUUAUUUAGUUAUGACCAAGAA